UCUCCGUACGAGGCAAUCAGGGCCUCCAUUUCUCUCUCGCGCUAAAAGCGAACCGGUACGUUGUUAACUUGGGUAACUAUAAGUAGAACUAGAAGACCGGAGAUAAUGGGCCUGACAAUUGGGCCCACUAGGCUCAGGCCCAAGGAUUUCGAACAGCGCGAUUAGGAGGGAAAAAAACCGAAGAAAAAACGGGCACAUUUGGUCUUCUUCGCUCCCUCUUCUUUCUAGGGUUGCCUGGUCAGGCCGUCAGGCCAAAUCCUCCGUCGGAAUCUUCAAAGCAAUGUCCAAAGAAAACGUUCAGACGUACGGCGGAGGGCUCACGGUGGAACAAAGAAACCGCAUCUCUCGGAAUUUCAGAGCCGCCAAGGCCCUCAUUGAUCGCAAACGCCCCCGCAACGACGCCGUUUCAUCUGAUCAUCACCUCCCUCAUACCAAAAUUUGUGGCGGAAAUGGAAUCCAAACGCCAGCUCAGCUCAAUAGAGUUCAAAGAACUCCUCUUUCCGAGCUACCGAUGAACACACCGCCUCCGAUUUCCGCAAGCCGGUACAAUUCAGCGCGUGGUGAAUAUGGCAGUGCUUCGUGUUCCGGGAGCUUAAGCAUUAGCCGGAUUGAAUCAAGUGUGUCAAAAUCGGAUUCUUUCACAACUCCAAUCGGACAACCGCAUUUUCCAACUUCAUUCAGUUCUUUCUCUGCACGUGGAAUUCUUGGCGAUGAUGAUUUCGAUGAGAGUAUUUUGCAGGAAAUUGACGCUUUAAUCGAGCAGAAACCGAGUGUGGACAUUCAGCGUGAUGAUAUUGGGAGUUGUGGUAGUGAUGUUAGUGCCGCAUCAGCGCCGCCUUUGGGUAGUGAAAACCAAACAGAUUCUGUUAACCAUGGAUUGCCUAACAUGCCGGAUGAGUAUUCGAAGUAUUUGCUAUCUCUCAAUGAAAGGCAGCGCGAGGCAGCUUGCAGCGAUAUUUCAGUACCUUUGAUGAUUGUUGCCGGCCCUGGAAGUGGAAAGACUUCAACGAUGGUUGGGCGCGUUCUAAUGCUGCUCAAUGAGGGCAUUAGCGCGUUGAACAUUCUAGCAAUGACUUUCACUACAGCAGCAGCUUCUGAGAUGAGAGAUCGAAUUGGAGCCGUGACUGGGAAACCAACGGCAAAACUACUUACAAUCAGCACAUUUCAUUCAUUUUCGUUGCAACUUUGCCGAUCACAUGCUGAGAAACUCGAACGCACACCAGAAUUUUUGAUAUAUGGACAUGGGCAACAGAGAAGAGCAAUCAUUGAAGCUGUGCGGUUAUCAGAAGAUGAAAAGAGUAAAACAAACCUUAAUGUUGCUAUAGAUGGGGAAGAAUCUAACGGUGUAACAUCUCCACAUCAUUUUAAGGAUGCAUCAAAGAAAUGGCUGAAGUUUGUGACACAGGCAAAAGCUUCUGGAAAGACUCCUGCUGAAUGCCGAAGAAUGGGUGAUGUGACAGGAGGCGAAAUUCUUAGGAAUUACAAUGAUAUCUUAAACUCGUGCAAUGCUUUGGACUACCAUGACUUAAUUAGCUGCUCUGUGAAGCUGCUAAGUGAUUUUCCUGAAGUGUUGAAGGAGUGCCAGGAAUUAUGGAAAGCUAUUGUAAUAGAUGAGUUUCAAGACACAAGUGCUAUGCAAUAUAGUCUUUUGCGGAUUCUCUCAUCUCAUAACCAUAUAACCAUUGUUGGUGAUGAUGAUCAGUCCAUUUUCAGUUUCAAUGGGGCAGACAUUUCUGGUUUUGAGUCUUUUCGUAAAGAUUUUUCAAAUUACAAAGAGAUUAGGCUUAAUAAAAACUAUCGGUCCACACGCUAUAUUGUGGAAGCUGCAUCUUCUGUUAUAAAAAACAAUAAGAAGCGAUGCCAAUUAAAGAAUGUUGACACCGACAAUUCUUCUGGGUCUAAGGUAAUUAUCAAGGAAAGUCACAAUGAGGAUGCACAAUGCGCCUUUGUUGUAGACAAGAUCCUAGAGACUGCAUCUAAACGGUCAGAAGCAGGGUGCUCCUAUGGAAGCAUAGCAAUCCUUUACCGGAGGCAGGUAUCAGGAAAAGUCUUCCAGACAGCCUUGCGUGAAAGGAAAAUACCAUUUAAUGUUCAUGGAGUGGCCAUUUAUAGGAAGAAGGUAGUUAGAGCCAUUAUUGCUAUGAUUAAAACGACUUUGCCUGGUUGUGAUGAUGGUUCAUAUAGGCAAGUCUUCAAGGCUUUACUUCCUUUUGAGAAAGAGGAAAAGAAGAAGGUGAUUGAUUAUAUCGACAAAAUUUUGACUCAUAGAAAAUGCAGCUUCAUAUCAGCUGCUUGUGACAUCUUUAGUGCAAAAAUUUCUGGUACCUUGAAGAGGACUCAGCUUACCCAGGGACGCAAGGUGCUGUUAACUUUAGAGAUGAUUUCAAAACUUGUUCUCAGGGAACAAUCGAUUUCAGCUGUCAUAACCUCGGUUGCGAAUAUGGUACCACAGAAGUACCUUCUUGGGCAACGUGCGGUCGUGGAUGUAGAUGGAGGAAAACUGCUGAAUGAAGACAAUGACAUGAGAUCUGUUCUUCAGUACCUACUGGACGAUGUAUCUGAUUUCUUAUCAACUCAUUUUGUUGCGGGAGAAGGGGAGAGAGAAGUCAUAGCAGAAGAAAAAGGCUGUGUUAAUUUACUCAAAGCUUUCAUCGACUACAUAUCUGAGCGGGAGAGUGAAAAUUUUCGCUCCAGAAGACAUGACAACCAAAGUUCUGUCACUUUGACUACCAUUCAUCAGUCAAAAGGUUUAGAGUGGGAUAUAGUUUUCAUAAUUAAGGUAAAUGAAUCUGAGAUUCCAUUGUUGCAUGAAUUCAAUGGCAUUGCAAAAGAGAAUGGGACCUCCAUUGAGGAGGAAAGGCGCCUCUUAUAUGUUGCAAUGACUCGUGCUCGAAAAAAGCUUUUCAUUCUUUAUGUUACGAUGGAUUCCAGUUGGCAGAUGCUUCAACCUUCGCGAUUUCUGAAAGAAAUUCCAAAUCAUCUACGAGAAGUCCAGGCUGACAUAAGUACAGAAGGCUUACAAUCAAAGCAUCAUGAUACUUCAAAAGAAUCUAUUCCAUUGACAGAUGAUCCCAAACCAAACCUCCUACCUUCUGAAGUUGUUAUGGUGCAAAAUGAUCUCCAUCACAGUAAAUUUGACGAUGCUUCUGCAGAAUCGAUGGAAUUUGGGGAGGAAAACCAUGGAAAUGGUUUCUUAAAAAGAUUCAGUGUGGAUGAGAGAUCGAUUAUCUCUCAUUUAUUUAAUGACUGGGCUAAGAAGCAAGCAUUUCAAGAUCCUAAGAGAUUACUUGACAAGGUCGGUUUUGUAAUAGAUGAACGCAUACGAGCCAAGAACUACAAACACAAGGACAGUUUGCGCUCACUCAAAUCUUGCUUGAAAGAUGAAGAUGCAUUUCAUUAUGCCCAAUAUGUUUUGAGAUGGCAGAAAAUACCUGCAGAUCAACGUGCUCAUUUGAUGAGGGAGAAACAGGAGCAUUUCCAGAAGUUACGGAUUGAGAACUCAAUGGGUUCAUCCGAACCAACACCGAAACAGAUUUCUUAUCUGCAAAGUUUGGGCUGCACCGUGGCUCCUACGUCGCGCCUCCAUGCUUCUCGUUUGAUCGAGCAGUACAAGUCAUUGUGAUCAAAGAUCGCCAUUGUGAUAUAUGUCUGAAAGAUGAUCAUUUGGUAAAACUUUCUGCACCAAUAUUAAAGCCUUAAUUAGAUUACUCCAACUAGAAGAUUA